UUGGGGAAACCCCCUCCUGCAUUCACCAAAUUGAAUCUCAAAGAAAAGUCAACAACGGCACCCGUCAUCACAAUGUUCUCUAGCCUCAAUUAAGCAGACCAGUGGUCUUGCCACAAGCACCUAGUUAGGACCCUCUUCACGGACCUCACCUAACCACCCACUAUUCUCUUCGUUACCAGCAUCACCAGACACCGAGCAACUUGCUCUACAGCAUCCAAAAUGAUUACCCGAAUAUACACACUAUCCUCCUAUAACACAUCCCUUCAUCGUGCAAUACUAAAUCAUUACCCCCGAUAUUACUACCACUACAAGACUCGCUGAUAUUUGUUAUUGCUUGUUAAACCGUCUUGCUCAACAUCACACAUUGACCAGUGUUUGUGAUUCAAACUCCAAAGGUGUUACCACCCCCCAAUCAAUCAAACCACCAGCGAACAAUUCCAAAUCAACAUGUCCGUCUUCACUUUCGAUCCCAACCCCCCGCGAGUCUCCUCUCCCUGGCUCAAAUCCUCCGAAGGGCCCAGCCGGCGCUCCACUCCGGAGGCCCGUUCCUCAACCCCUACUACUCUCGGCGUCAUCCAAACCGGUCUGCUCUCCGACUACAAUGGCAUCACCCGUCUAGAAGCCGAGCCCCAAGAGGGUCCAACCGAAUACAAGCUCCACCUUCUCCUCCGCCCUCGUCGCAAGUACGAACACAGCAGCACCUCAACAGCCAAGAUCUGCGGCUCAACCCAAAGCAAACCACUGCCUUAUGAUCCUACGUCCAAGUCACUACGCGGAACUCCCGUUUCUGUCGGGGGUGGCCCGGGCGUGACCACAACAAGACAGGACCGUUUCGAGCACUUGACUACCCAGUUGCUCUGGAGACUCCAGCAAUCUUGUCCUUACCAUGCCAGCUCCGCGGCUGUUGAUCUGGUGAUUCCGAAACUGCCGGCCCCGGAUGAGCUGGAGCGCGAUGGGAAGGUGAAGCUGGGCAAGCUGUUACCGGGUCUGGAGGCAUCGAGAGGUGCGCUGUAUGAGAUUGGGGUGGCAGAUGACGGCACACUUGUCGGGCUGACGAGAGAUGAGCUGGAUGAAAGUUUGGCAAACCUAAGGGUCAUGGCGGCGAGCUUGGGGUGCAACAUGAAUGUGCUGAGAAUGGUGAUUGUGGGCGAGUGCGAAUGGAUCGAGUCUUCGGAUGAGCCUGGGGAUUCGUUAUUCGGAGAACCUCGGGAGUUUCGACGCAAAGAUAAGCUAUGGGUGGCUGAAGCUCUCAUUAUGCCAGAUUUGACUACUCAAGCUAACGGCGCUGUGUCUUCAACUUUGCCCACCAUGAAACAGGGUCCGUUGACCGCGAACCAGUUGCGCGUUACGCUUACGGGGCCAACUACGUCUGGGAAAUCUACGCUUCUGGGCAUUUUGUCUCAGGGCUCACUGGAUAAUGGCCGUGGAAAAAGCCGGCUCAUUUUGCUGAAGCACCCUCAUGAAGUAGCUUCGGGCGUCACUUCUUCCGUGGCUCAAGCACUGGUCGGGUACCACGAAGACGAAAUCAUCAACGAUGCUCACAGCGGAGUUGAAUCUUGGAUCGACGUUCACGAUUUCACUAGGGACGGUCGAUUAGUCUACCUGGUCGACUCGGCCGGAGCUCCAAGAUAUCGUAGGACUAUCCUACGCGGUACCGUCGGUUGGGCACCGCAUUGGACACUGCUUUGCAUAGCAGCCGAUGGCAGCGAUGCUUCUCCUUCCGUUGACGCCCCGGCUCCGGGAACCACUCCAACAGGUAGCAGCAAUAGCAUCGACCUAGCCUCCGCCCACCUCGAGCUCUGCUUGAGACUCAAACUGCCCCUUGCGAUAAUCAUCACCAAGCUCGAUCUCGCAUCCAAGCCGUCCAUUGUGUCGACACUCAACAAAGUUCUCACUGGCAUCAAGCGAGCCGGCAGAGCUCCAGUUAUUCUCAAACCCGACGCUACCAACCCUUCCGAUCUUACCCAUGUCUCGCCAACCGAGGAGGCAGCCGUCGCUAAGGUUGUCGACCAACUUGCUUCCAAGGGUGACUUCCUAUCAGUCGUCCCGAUAGUCCUCACCUCCGCCGUCGAUGGACGUGGUAUAGGCAUGCUGCACGCCUUACUUCAGGGCUUGCCUUUGCCUCCCACCCCAACCGCCCACGACUUCACCGGCCCAGCUCUGAACCCCGAGCAGCCUGCUUCACUCUUCCACAUCGAAGACCAGUACAAUCUCGCUGCAUCCUCAUCGCUAGCAACAGGCGACUCAGACGAGGAAACAGACCUCGGCACCGUGGUAGCAGGCUAUCUCCGCUUCGGCAGCCUGUCGAUAGGAGACACGGUAGUCGUCGGGCCCUUCCCUUCAUCUUCCUCGUCUGACGACACCAGCGACACGCCCAGCCCAGCUACUUCUUCGCUAGGCGCAGUAGGAUCCAUGGCAACCGACAACCACCUCCGCCCUAUCCUAUCUGAUAUUGAAGCGAACCCGUCAUCAGCUGAACUCAACCGCCUUAACUCGUCGGCCAAGUCCAAUCCGUCGGCGUCUGCUUCCUCGGCGAAAGGCGAAUGGCACACCGCCAAGGUUGUGUCUAUCCGCAAUCUUCAACUUCCCGUGCAAACACUGGCGGCCGGGCAGGUGGGGUCAAUAGGGAUGGUGUUUGAUCCCCGUGACCCGAACACUGCAGAGACAAGCAAUGGAAACGGCAAUGGGAAUGGCACAGGGAGCAAGAGGGCAGCGAGGAUAAGAAAGGGGAUGGUCCUUGCUGUUCCUGGGAAACACAUGUCGUCUACCACCUUGCAGGCUGCCAGUGGGGUCACGGCGGUGUUUGAGGACGAUAAUCACGGUUCCUCCUAUGGUGAUGGCAAUAUGGAGGACGAGGGUGUGGCUGGGGCGCUGACGGUGGGAAGUCUGGUGAAUGUUUACGUGGCCAGCGUUAGGGCGUCUGCAAGGGUGGUGAGGGUCACUCGUCUCACUCCCAGUGCCUCUCUUUCUCCCGAGUUUACGGGUCAGGAUGAUGGGAGUGGCGGGGACGUGUUUACCUUUGGAGAGGGCGAAGAUGCCUAUGAAGACCCUUUGCACGCCGGCAAUGCUGAUGGCGGUGGCUUAGACCUGGUUGGUGAGGAGACGAGAAAGAAGGGAUGCGAAGUCCAGCUGGAACUCCUCUCCAACCGCGAGUGGAUCGAACUGGGCUCGAGGAUCUUGAUAUUGGGUGAUAAUGGGAGUCGGGAUCGGUCGUCGCGGUUGGAGGGGUAUGUAGGGAGGGUUGUUGAGAUUGUUGAGUGAUCUAUCUUGUUUUCCUAUGGUUUGUGUCUGAACAUGAGUAAGUGUGGUAGCGAGUCCUUUUUGUUCUUUCGUCUCUUUGGAUACUACGAGUUGUUUGUUCUUGCUAUGGUCAUAGCGUAACUCUGUUUAUUGUUCAUAGUGUUGUCGACAUUGUCGAAGGCAGUUGUUGGUUAGAUGAUAUCUGGGUAGCAUAGUGUUCUUGUUAGCAUUGCUGAAUUGUGCUUUGUCUCAUAACCAACGG